CUGUCACUGUCGGUCUGCAUCUUCAGUUUGGAUUCACCAGAUAUGGACCCACAUGGAGCUAUACAGACUUUGUGCACGAGGCAGGAUAAGCAUCGUUCAAGUUUGCUUUUGGAUGCUCAUUUGGAAGGCGAGGAAGUGCCAGGUGUAUUGACUUGUCGUAACCGAGACAAAGGUCUGCUUCAAGGAGGGGUAGAUGGGUUAGAUCCACGAAUUCUCGCUUAUAUCACUGAUGCGGGGUUAGAUGGGCUGCUUCGGGUCCCACGUAUGGACAUUGACCACGCAUUGAUCACAGCGUUGGUGGAGAGAUGGCGGCCGGAGACGCACUCAUUUCACUUGCCCCACGGUGAAAUGACUAUCACACUACAAGAUAUGGAGGUUAUAAUGGGGGUACCUGUAGAUGGCUUGCCGUUGGUGGAAUCUAUACCCUCGACGGGCAGUUGGCGUGACGUCUGCAGAAGAUUGCUAGGGUGUAUACCGCCGCCACAUAGAGAACUUAGAAACAACAAAAAGAACACUGGAGUGCUGGAAGGGGCGAGCAUAAAAGCCAAAUGGCUUGAGGAUCAGUUUCGCGACCCUCUCCCGGUUGACGCCCCUGAGGCGCUUGUGCAGAAGUAUGCUCGUUUUUACAUAUUGGAGUUGUUAGGUGGUACGCUAUUUAUGGAUAAGUCUGGAGAACGGAUCUCAGUUAGGUAUUUGCAAUAUUUCGAUCCAAUCAGCAACGGAAAGAAGUAUAGUUGGGGUAGUGCAGCACUAAGUUGGCUCUAUAGACACCUCUGUAAGGCAUCAGAGAAGACAGCCAAGCAGAUUGGGGGUGCACUACUAUUGGUGCAGUUGUGGGCGUGGGCGAGGUUUCCCCACAUAUGUCCUGUGAUGAGGCAUCCACACCAGGCACUGCCUCCAGGUCCACUUGCUGUCAGAUGGAAAGGGGCUAAGAUAACAACUGAACAUUCGAUGCACGUCCUACAUGCCUAUCGUGUGUCGCUUACUUCACUGCGGCCAAAUCAGAUUGUUUGGGAGCCGUACAGAAAUUAUUUGCGUUCUCUACCCGCAUACUGUACGGCAGGCCAACGUAUAUGGAGGUCUAUUGUGCCGCUGAUACAUUUUUGGGUGGUUGAAGGCCAUCAUCCCGAACGUGUUCUCCGACAGUUUGGGAUGAAGCAAGGCAUACCACAAGAUGUUGAUACUUCAAUUGAACUGCACAAGAUCACCCUCCAGGGCAAGCACGAAAAAGAUUGGGCCCGAAUACAUGCCCCGCAUAUUGCUAAAUGGGCUGCGCACGCCAGAAUUGCCAAUGCACCGACCUUUCAUGGGGAGAUGAACUACAAUGACGAGUAUUUGGUUUGGUUUCGUCCCCGCACUAUUCGCCAUAUUACAAAAGAGACUUCGUACUGGGACACUUUGGUUGAAUCACAGUUGCACAUUAUAACGAAGUGCGAACCAGGGUCUGAGAUCUACACCGACUGUAUUAAUGCCUUGCAAGCUGUUGAAGAGAUCGGUCGGUUAUCCUUGGACCGUGCACGUGUCGUGGGCAACACAAGUUCACCAGCUGUACGACGUGGUCGGCAAGCAAGUGGACGUCAAGGGCGUGGAGGAUCCACUUCUAGCCAGCGUCAUACAUCUAGUCGGCCUCCCACAUCUGGUCAGCGUCACACACCCGUGCCCACAUCUAGUCGACGUCCCACAUCUGCUCAGCGUCCUACAUCUGGUUCGCGUCACACACCCGUGCCCACAUCUAGUCGGCGUCACACACCCGUGCCCACAUCUACUCGGCGCCACACACCCGUGCAUGACCACACCAUGGAGGAAGCAAGUCAGACAACAGAUGAGAUGUGGGACGACACUGCUUAUGACGUAGGCUCCAUGGCACACGAUGAUGCGGGUCCAUCCCAUACGUUUGCCCAGAGAGACACAUUUGGGUCCCCAUCCAUGAGGAGCGAUGGUACUUGCCCACCCACACCCCCUAGUACAUCUUUGUUGCCCACCACCUGUACGUCUCCCCCACUGACUGCCGGCCCUGCCCCCGGAGUUUUAGAUGAUAGAGAUGAGAUGAGGUUCAUGCCCACUCCUGGGCGACCCACCCCUGUUGCUGUCCCCCCUGAGUUUGUGCAUACCGAGUUUAUCCAGACACAGAUACCCAUCCCCCCAGCAGAGCCUUCGCACAUCGAGGAUCGGCCACGAAGGCCGCAACGCACACGGACACAUCCUCCUGACUGUGGGACUGGACAUGGCAAGGUGAGACCAGUGAAGGAACCGGUGAGGAGAAGAAAACGAGAAUGAUUCAAGGGUAGAAUUUGUGCUACUUUGGGUUGGUAAUGGUAUAGGAUCUUUUUGUCAUGUAUCGGAUCUUCUUGUAUAUAUUUUAUAUGAUGAGCCACUAUUAUGCAAUCCACAUGGAUUACAAGAUAUAGACUGGAAUGUUAUAGGCAUUCUUAUAUAGAUGAUUUCAUGGUAGUGGUUGAUAAGCAUUGUGCAUGCUUUAGUAAGCAUUGUGGCAACAAUCAGUUGUUAUGGGAUGUUUCUAUUAAUGGGUAUUUGCUAAUUGUAGAGAUGAAUGUAGAAUGUUUAGAAAUGCAAUACAAGGAAACUUUUUGUUGAAGUUGGGCGUAACGAAUGUAGAUGCAAUUAAAACUGUGAAUUUUAUUAUUAAUUGUGUGUUC